AUUUAUGCGUCAUCGUCUAAAUAACAGGCAAUAUAUUUUGAAGAUAUUGCAAUCUAAGGAAUGAGUUUCUUCACACUACAAAACGUGGAUAAAAUUUAACGCAGAGAAUACAGUGUCAUGUUUUCGGUUGCCUGCAAAGUUUAUGGUUCAUAAAGUGCAGUAUAUUUUGUUGAGUAUUCCUCUCGAAGUUUGAAAGUACUCACGCGAAUAAUUUGUAUGUGAAAUUGAAUUGAUAUGGCAAUAGCGUAGUGCGAUCAUCUACAUAGGAAAACAUUUGCAACUGUAACGAGUGUCAAUUGCGAUUUUAACAAGCACCAUGGAGUGGCUAUUUGGCAAGCGUAUUACUCCUGAAGAAAUGCUCAGGAAGAAUCAAAGGGCAUUGAACAAAGCGAUGCGGGAUUUAGACAGAGAGAGAGUGAGAAUGGAACAACAGGAAAAGAAAAUUAUAGCAGAUAUAAAGAAACUUGCAAAAGAUGGACAAAUGGAUGCUGUAAAAAUUAUGGCUAAAGAUCUGGUUAGAACAAGGCGUUAUGUGAAGAAGUUUAUGCUAAUGAAAGCGAAUAUUCAAGCUGUAUCUCUAAAAAUACAAACCCUACGUUCUCAGAACACAAUGACACAGGCUAUGAAAGGAGUGACAAAAGCGAUGCAAAAUAUGAACAAACAAUUAAAUUUACCUCAAAUACAAAAAAUAUUACAAGAAUUUGAAAAGCAAUCAGAAAUAAUGGAUAUGAAGGAAGAAAUCAUGAAUGAUGCAAUAGAUGAUGCGAUGGAAGAUGAGGGAGAUGAAGAAGAAAGUGAUGCUGUAGUAGCACAGGUAUUGGAUGAGCUGGGUCUACAGUUGACAGAUCAACUCUCUGGACUACCGCAAGCAUCUGGAUCGCUAAGUGUAGCCGGUUCUAAGCAACCGGUAGCUGCUGCGGCGGGUAAUGAGGAAGGUGGAGGCAAUCUUGCAGAUGCUGAUGCAGAUUUGCAAGCUAGACUGGAGAAUCUGCGACGCGAAUAAAUCAAGUUUUUUAAUAUUAUUAGUUAGAUAAUGUAUAAAAAAUGUAAAAAGAAUUUUGCUUUAUAGCGAUAAGAACAGUUUGGAAACGGUUUCUCCUGUCUUCAAAUAUAUAUACACUUAAAUGUAUAUGAAUUUUUAAAAAGAAU